AUGGACCCAGACGAGUCCACAGAGAGGGACCCAGACGAGUCCACAGAGAGGGACCCAGACGAGUCCACAGAGAGGGACCCAGACAAGUCCACAGAGAGGACUUCAGAAGAAGCUUCAGGAGCAGCUGCAGACGCCCAGAGCUCUCCUCUGCCUCAGCGCCUUCUCUCUCCAUCCUGGGAGCAGAACAAGGACACAGAACUUGAGCUGGACCUCCUCACCCCACAGUUCCUGGAGCUCCUCUUGAACUCUGACGGCUGUGUGGACAUCCUCCGUGCCUCCUCCAUCCUCCGCACCCAGAGCAGACGGCUGUACGACAUCACUGCUGUGCUCCGGAGUCUGCAGCUGGUGAAGAGAGAGGCCACCAGGGUGCGCUGGACUGGCUUGUGUCCCAUCUCCAGCUUCUUGUGGCCGCGGCACAAGCUGCAGAGAGAGUCAGAGAAACUGAAGCUGGUGGAGGAGACUCUGGACGGACUCAUCAAGACCUGUGCCCAGCAGCUCUUCACCAUGACGGACGACGCCAGCAACGCUCACUCAGCCUACGUGACUCUUGCUGACGUCCAGCAGCUGCCUGUGUUUCAGAACCAGACCGUUAUCGUGGUGCGAGCUCCAGAGGAAACUAAACUGGAAGUACCAUCACCGACUAAAGACCAGAUUCAGGUCCAGCUGAAGUCCGGCUCUGGUCCCAUCUCUGUUUUCAUGUGUGACGUUUGGCCUCAAGAAGCAACGAGCAGCAAGUUUGAGCUGAUCCAGAAGAGCCGCAUUCAGACCAGUCAGCUGGUCUGA